GCAGAGCUCAAGGCUGCGGAACAGAAAUGCCCCGCGCGCCACUUCUCCAACGCAGCCCACCUCCAUCACAUCACAUGGACCCUGGCAGAACAACCCUUCCAUUCACCUGACUGGCGUGAAUUUUGCUCUCGGGGCAGCUCCAGUCUCCUACCCCCAGCAGCCUGAUCAUUGUACAAUACAAACGCCCGCAAAUUAGCUCACCAACCGUCACCAUGAGCACCGUCACAGGCGUAGCCGCCCUCCUCAGUCGCCAGCUCCGCGAAAUCCAAAAGUCAAAGGACCUUUCCGGCGUCUCGUGCGGUCUCAUCUCCGAUGCGAACAUGUUCGAGUGGGAGAUUAUGCUCAUGAUCUCGGACGACUGCAAAUACUACGGCGGAGGCAACUUUCGCGCUCGCCUCAGCUUCCCACCAGACUACCCACUCAUGCCGCCCUCGCUGACUUUCCAAAGUCCCGGCAUCCCAUUCCACCCGAAUGUCUACCCCGACGGCCGCCUGUGUAUCUCGAUCUUACACCCGCCCGAGGAGGACCAGUAUGGGUACGAGAAGGCGAGCGAGAGAUGGAGCCCCGUACAAACGCCCGAGACCAUCCUCGUCAGCGUGCUCAGUCUGUUCCACGACUUGAGCGACGAGAGCCCGGCGAACGUGGAGGCUGGCAAGCUACUGCGAGAAGAGAGGGAGGGCAAGCACAAGGAGUUCCGUAGAGCGGUACGGAAGUCUGUCAGGGAAAGCCUCGGGGAGGAUUGAAGGUUUCGACACGUGUUUAGCGCAGCGAUCUUUGUUACAUUUGGGUAUUUCAAGGGAAGAAGUCUUUCAUAGCGCCGCC